GUUGUUGAUGUGUUGUAAUUUUAGAUUGGGGAAUAGGUAGCAGAAAUAAGUGAUCACGUUACAAGUUCGCAAAUUGCUGUAAUGGCACGAAUAAUUGAGGAAUGCGGUAUAAUGGUUAUGCGAAGGAGAAGCGCUCGUUUUGGAAGCAGCGAUUGCUGGUAAAUGAUGGAGCGCUAUACGCAAUGAUUAUGCGGAAUUAGCAUUGUUUAUGUGUGCAGCCGAUAAGGAGGUUCCACACACAUACAAAAAAAGAACGUCCGGGGUCGAAUUAUCAGUCCGGGAGAAUCCAUCGUUUGGUGUAGCUGUUCAAUAUACAGAGACUGAAGGAAGAGAUUUCUGUUGGAUUGCAUAUCGAUUAUCGGCAUUGAAAGUGUUGGAUGUGCGGCGGCGACGACGACGACCUUAAUUUAGUUGUCAGCGUUUAGAGCAUUACAUAAACUUUGGACUGUGUGACUCGUUCUGCUUUGCCGCAGCGGCAGACCUUGAAUACGAUCGUCGCUGUCGUGAAUACUCACAUACACACAUAGUGAAGUGCAGCAGCAAGAAUAACAACAGCCAGCUAAAUAUUUAUAUAUAUCUGGAAGAUUUGCAGCUAGAGGAAGAUGAAUUUGUCGAGGUUGCGUUUGAUCACGUUCGAUGUGACGGAUACUCUGCUGAAGUUCAGGUCGUCACCAGGUCGACAGUACGGGGAGAUCGGCGCUCUGUACGGAGUCUUAGCCGAUGACAACGCUCUGGCCGCCAAUUUCAAAGCGCACUGGUACAAACUCAACAAGGAGCAUCCGAACUUCGGCCUCACCACCGGCUUGGGAUGGGAUAACUGGUGGAAGCACAUCAUCGCAGGUACUUUCCAGGACUCCAAAUUCAACAUCAACGAUAAGAAGCUGGACGCCAUCUCCAAGCAUCUCAUCGAUCUGUACAGAACCUCCAACUGCUGGCAGCAGUGUUUCGGCACGCUCGGACUCCUCACCUAUCUGAGAAGCAAAAAGGUGCCGUUGGGCAUCAUCUCCAACUUCGAUCCGAGACUCACGCAGACGCUUCAGAAUACCAAACUUUUACCGCACUUCGGAUUCGUCAUCACUUCCUACGAAGUCGGUUUCGAGAAGCCCGACAAGAGGAUCUUCGAGGAGGCCAUGAAGGCUUCAGGUAUUAAGGAUCUGAAGCCGGAAGAGUGUCUGCACAUCGGAGACACACCUAUUCUCGAUUACUUCGGGGCCAAGAACUGCGGCUGGAAUGCCAUCCUGGUGCACGACAAGAGCUACGAACAGUUGAAGGAAAAGUACGGAGACGUUGAUAGGGAACGCGUCUUCGCCAGUUUAUACGAUCUGCAUAAACAUUUCGUCGACACUUCAGACGAAAAGUUUGUCAAAGUCGAAAGCAACCUUUAAUGAUAAUUAAUAAUAAAACAAAACGUCUCCUGUAUAUAUUACAACAAAUUUUCUCUUUGUAUUACCUACAA